GUACCGAGCACGACGGCCAUAAUUACUCGUCAUAAUUACUCGCUCAGAUUUGCUCUCGGACGAAUUGCGGUCGACUGCUCUCGUUCUACUGCUCUCGGCUGCUUCGUAGAAAACGUACACAUCUUAAGCACGAAGCACAGGUCCAGAAUACAUACGGACGCUGUCUUGCGCUGGGCCUGGCCAGGCCCAACUCCUAGUUUUCUCGUGCAAUGGCGCCAGGGCCAGUGCCACGCGGAGGUUCUUGUCCUCCGUUUACUAAAAAUGUUGGAGGUGGCUACAAGCUUGGAAUUGCGGUCGUCCUGGAUGAAGAGGGGAAGGCAGAGGAGACAAUACCACCCCCGGGCUGCCUACCGGACAAACCUUGGGACCCUUGCGACUUCCAGCUCCUCAUCAUUGCGGCGGAAUACUGCGCUGCAGUACAGGAGCUGCUGACGUGGACGUUUCCCUCGCCCCUGUGGGAUGGCGCCAAGAAGCACGUGCUAGGGUGCACCAGCGCCUUGGUCUCGGGCCGGGAGCUGCCGCGGCCCGUGUUCGAAGAUGAGGACGGCGGCGAUUUCCCGGACUGGUUUGCUGUCGCGGGCCAUCUGGCAUGGGCCAACUUCACCUACUGCUAUUUCUUUGGGACCAACGACCUUCCCGAUGUGCCGGAUACAGCAGCCGGUAGAGGCCCUGUUGAGAUGGAGCCGGUCGAGCAUACAGCUUACAAGUAGCUGCUCCGGCUGGUGGGCACGCACGGGUGGCACCCAGAGGGCGAGGUGUCGGGCGCCAUCGGGGAGUGGGCCAAGAAGACACGCGAGUGGCUGGACAACAGCCUGGGCGAGGGCUGGACAAGGCAGCAGGCGAUGGAGUCGGAGGCCCGCCAAGUCAACAAGACCAAGUCGCUCAAGAGCGCGGACGCAGGCUCGCCGUUCCUCCCCAUCUACCCCUACCACGUCAACUCGGGGUACAUCGACAACCGUGUCAAGUGCUCGCUGAAGGCUGCGAAGAAAAAGGGCAAGCAGCAGCCGGCCGCCGCCGCCGCCGCGGCUGGGGCGGAGGAGGGGGCCACGAUGGAGCGCAGCGUUCCUGCGGGCUGCUGCGGCCUGCCCGCGGACUACGGCCAGGCCCACAACUGCACGCUGGGCUUCCUGGUCAUCUCCGACGUGUGCAAGGCACUUAAACAGUCGGCGAAGGGCUGGGGCAAGCUGCCAGACAGCGGGGCGGCCCUGCCGGCCUUCCUGUACAAGCACGUACUGAAGCACAAGACCGGCACCAAGGACCGCCCGCCGGUCGAGGCCGAGCACCUGGCGUCCGGCUUCCCGCAGCUGCUGGCCAGCUGCGUGGAGGGCUGGGAGCGCGCGCUUGCGCACGUGCACGGCGUGUGGAUGCCGGCGGUAAUGGAGGCGUAUCAGGACGCCACCACAUCGUCGCCCGAUGUCUGGUACGCGCUGCUGGGCGACGGCGACGGCGCCGCGAGCGCCGCGGGUGUAGCCGCCGCGCCUGGUAGCGGCUCGUGCGCGGCGCAGCUGGUGCGGCCCCCCGGCGUGCCGAGGCCCCAGCUGCUACUGCCGUGCUGCAUCCCACCUGAGAAGAUAGUUAAAUUGGGGGAGGUGGUGGAGGAGCUGGCGGGGGAGCGGGCGGUGCAGAUGCGCGCGGAGUACCAGGCGCGGGUCAAGCAGGAGCAGGAGGAGCAGCAGGAGCGGUCGCCGGGGCCGGUGCCGCCGAGGCCGGACGUGGAAGCGCAGAGCCGGCUGCGGCUGGCGCCGGCAGCAGCAGCCGCAGCGCUCACAACAGGACUGGCCGCGACAGCAGGAGCAAGCGCGCCGCCGGUGGCUCCGGUGUUAGCCUCAGGGCCGCCCGGCCAGGCGGGCUGUGCCGCCGCCGCGGCUUCAUCGGAGGCGUCAGACGCCGUGUUUGUGCCGCAGUUGUACCCACAGCAGCCGGCUGCAGGGCUGUACGGGGUGGCGGCGAUGCACGUGGACAAUCCACACGAGCCGGGCUUGCUGCAGCUUAUGCAAGGCAUGCAACUGGCCCCACCAGCCGCUGUGGCAGCAGCAGCUGUGGGCGCCGGCGUGGGUGUGGGUGCCGGUGCCGGCCAGGCGCCGGUGCCGGGGCCCGUGCCGCUGCUGGGUUUGAUGGAGCGUGUGCGUGUGGCGCUGGUAAAGGACAUGGAGUGGUGCCAGCAGCAGGUGGGCGUAGGGGGGGCGGCAGCGGGGGAUGCGGCGCUGGUCGAGGCGCUUGCGUCGUUGGAGCGGAUGCUUGGAGAGCGGGAGGCGCGGUUGCACGUCUGCUAGUUAACGGACGGAGUGGGAGGGAUGCGCAAAAGAAGUGCAGCUCGCUGGCUGGAUGCGCAGCCGUUGAGGCCUAGCGGACGAUUCGGUUACAGAGGAUGCUGCUGUAGCAGGAUGGGCGUCCUUUGUAUUUGGCAGGUGCUAGGUUGAACAGCAGGCGAGUGGAACUCAACUGGGCCCUAGUCAUCAUUGUGUUGUAGGUUAGACAAGGCCGUAUCGCAUCCACCUUCGACAAUGACCAGUUCCAUGCAUGAGCGAGUCAGGAGUGCUUAGGACAGACCCAGAUGUACACGAGGACGCAACGUGGCUUCGCUUUGCGGGUGGGUCGGCCGUCACGUAUGCAGGCCGCUGCAACUGCGGCACGGACGCAGGCCCACUUUAUGGCACGCAGCAAGAGUUAGCACAAGAACCGUAGCGUGUGCGGGCUUGCUGGAGCUGGAUGAGGGACUAGUAGGAUAGACAGGGAGACGGUGCUCGUGUCGUCGCGUGCUGGUCAUUAGGUAUGUGGGGGAGGGGGGUUGUCUGCAACCAUCGGCCAUACUGGGCCACGGUAACGCCUCGAAACA